CUACACUCGUGCAACGGCGAACUAAGGCAGACAACGGAUAGUGUUGACACGAGGAGAUAGGUCAGUCGGCGAUCAUAAUUUACCACCGGAGACAGUGUCGCGCGCCUUAUCACGACAGUUGGCAAACUUUCGUAAAUCAAACGGCCUGACGCGUCGGUCCACACACGGAUCGACGACGGAGAUGCUGACUGCCACCAAACCGACGGCGGGUGGUGCUUAGUGCAGCAGUCUAGUUUGAACGGGAACACUCGUCGGGACGGACAAAACGUUUUCGAAAAGUGUGCAGUGAGCAAGCGGAAUUGAAGAUUUGAAGUUUCGACCGAUCCAAGUUUAAAGGGGAGUGUGGGGAAAAGUGGGUCUGUGCAGGCAAGUACCCGUUAUCUGCACAUGUGAAUCUCCUAGGGGUGGUCAUUAUCAUCUGCAGAUCAGCUGUCUCUGCAGUACAGAAGGAAAUCAUUAUUCCAUCCACGCAGACGUGCACGAACCCCUUCGCCGAUGGACACGAGCCCUUCAACGGUGACCACCGAACAUGGUCAGAAUGUGGAUGACCUCAGUCGAUCGCUGCAGCGAUUCAACUGGCCGGAUUAUUUGGUGUUUGUACUGAUGUUGGUGAGCUGCAUUUUCAUUGGAAUCUACUUCGGCUACAAAGAUCAUCAGAAACACAAAAACCGUAAAACGGCCAGACGGGACUCGGAAGCUCUGGAUUACUUGGUUGGCGGGAGGAAGAUGCAGAUUUUUCCUGUUGCCGUGUCGUUGGUGGCCAGCUGGAUCUCCGGUAUUUCGCUUCUGGGCACAUCGACCGAAAUCUACGUGUAUGGUACUCAAUACUGUUACAUUGUUGUUGCUGUGGUUCUCAUGGGAUUUGCGAUGCACUACAUUUUCUUGCCGGUGUUCCACGAUCUGCAGAUAACAUCAGCAUAUGAGUACUUGCAGAUGCGGUUUGACAAACGGAUGCGAAUGUUUGGAUCGUUGCUUUUUAUGGUGGCGUGCUUACUUUGGAUGCCCGUUGUCAUUUACGUGCCGGCUCUAGCAUUCAAUCAAGUAACUGGCAUAAACAUUCACACUAUAACACCAAUAGUUUGUUUAAUCUGCAUCUUCUACACAAGCGUGGGUGGUUUGAAGGCCGUCGUCUGGACGGAUGUCAUACAGUCUGCUGUAACGUUGGGCGCCAUAUUGGUCGUUCUGAUUAAGGGUGUCAUCGACAUUGGGGGUCCCGCUGUGGUGCUGCAACGCAAUUUGAUAGGAAACCGAAUCGAAGCACCGAACUUCGAUCCUAACCCCACUUUGAGACAUUCGGUGUGGACGAUGUGGAUCGGAGGCAGCGUUUGGUACACGUACGGAGUCGCAUGCAGUCAGGAAAUGAUCCAACGCUAUUUGUCACUACCAACGUUGGCCGAUGCGAGAAAGGCGUCACGGGGGUUUGUUUUCGGUAUGAUUUCAGUGACCCUACUUCUGUCUUCGAUCGGAAUGCUUAUUUUUGCUACUUAUCAUGAUUGCGAUCCCUUGACCACUAAUCUGGCGGCAGCUAAGGACCAGUUGUUGCCACUUUUCGUGAUGGACAUAUUCCGAAACUAUCCAGGAGCUGCAGGAGUUUUCGUUGCCGGCAUCUUUAGCGCCGCCUUGAGUUCACUUUCAUCAGCUUUAAACGCACUUGCCGCAAUCACGUUUGAAGAUUUUGUCAAACCCUACUUCAAAGAUAAGCUAACGGAGAAACAAAUAGCUUUCACACUGCGGGGAUCAGUUCUCAUUUUUGGAAUCAUUUCAGUUGUAUUCAUUUACAUCGUUGAACACCUGGGAGCCGUAAUGCAACUGACGAUGACCCUUAGUUCGACCUCAGGUGGGCCACUUUUUGGUUUGUUCGUGAUGGGAAUUCUCAUGCCGUGGGUCAAUGCUACGGGUGCUCUUUACGGAGGAAUAGCGGGCUUCCUUUCCAUGUGCUAUCUGUGCUUCAGAUCCCAAGCGUCAAUAGCAGCCGGGGAAAUAAUUUACAAUACAAAGAAAAUGGACAUUUCCGGAUGCACUUACCAGUUUACAAACACCAGUAACCUGAAUCCCACGUUUGAUGAAAUGGACAAAUCUUUGCACCACAUCUCAUAUCUUUAUUUUACAAUGUUUGGUACCAUAAUUUCCUGCACUGUGGGAUCUAUUGUGAGCAUUUGUAGCACACAAGCUGAUUCUGACCCCAUAGAUCCUAAGCUGUUGGCACCUUUCUUGAGAAGAUGUGCCGAAUCAAAGGCCAAGGCACAAGAAAAAUAUCCCUUGAAUAAUGACAUUGGCCACGCAAACAUACAUUUGGAUAUUCGUCAACCAGAAUGAGCAGAGGAAAUCAAAUAAAUUUUUCAAGAUUAUUAAUAAUCAU